GGUUGGCGGACACUAACCAACACCAACAGUCAGUCUAGUAGUCUGUUAAUAGUGUUGGUUGAGUGUCCUCCCUCAUUCUGGUGGCGUUGCCAAACCUCUUUAACUUUACAGGUGAAACGAGAAGCAUAUCCUCGCCAAUUAACAAAUGCAUCUCGGCCAAUGUUUACACAAACAGACUGAUUCCUUUUCGAGUGAAGACAAAGCCUUUCUUUAACCAAAUGGUUUACUUUAUUCACGAGUUACUGCAUCAAAGUGCCUCUCUUAGUAACAUCACUUGAACGUGUAAGCUCUCUCUCUCUCUCUCUUUCUUUGUCAAAGAACGAGUGAGGUUGCUGUUAGAAGGAGAUGAAGUAAAAGAAAAUUUUCUGUAGAUUCAUUCCAUAUGUUGCAUUUGACUAUAUCUAGAACAGUAAUCAAUUGAUCAUUGUCAUCCUUAUCGAACCCAUUCAAAUGCAGUUGUCACAUUGGACAAGACUCGUAUCCAACGCUUUUCAGUUGACAAACACGUAACAUUCAACUUUCCCUUUCGGCUGUUGUCCUAAUAUUCUUUUAACAUAAAUCGUUGUGGUUCUGAAUACGUACAGACUGCUCUGCCAUUUGUUGUGAAUUUGUAUGCCCAAGAAUGGGAGUAUUGAAGAAGAGGGUCGUCAGCUGAAAAGAUGCGCUUUAUAAAAAUUGGCAAAGCUCCUCAGUACUUCAGUUUGACAGCUAAAAACAACGACAAUGUGGUCGUGGAUUUGUGAUACCCAAGGAAUUGUAGAAUCUGUUGUAGCCCCAGGUUGUUUUACCAUAGAUUAGAGAAUUUUUUACUACAGGUACGACAAAUCACGAAUACAAAACCACCCACAACUGACCGAAAUAAGGGUUACACUUCAAGAGAUAUGUUGUCAGACUGAACGAAAACAAAGUUAUCUAUUUUCAAAGCGAACUGUAUUUGUUCUUUGAUAUAACAUGGUGAUUAUGUGACUACUUUAGGUCGAAUCAGUUUCCACAGAAGCUAACGGGAUAAAUAACGAGAACUGAAGCCGACAAUGAGCCUUAGGUCUCCUUGCUAGAGCUAGACCUAGUGCAUCUCAGAAGCCAGAAAACUAUACAGUGCAGUGAGAGGAAACGGAGAAUUAGUGUUGUUUCCGAUGAUUAAGCGGCGGCAUCGGUGUAGACUCACAGAUAUAAAGAAAUGAGUGUAAGACCAACGCCUCUAGAUUCUCCAGAUACAAAAGAAGGCUCCAGGUCUUGUGGUCAACAUGGCCACCACAAGUUCAGCUUCCACUUUCACAGACGGCAAAGUUCGAGUCUUUCGUCUCCUCCACAUGACUCACAAUGAUGCUCGCGAUGUGUUAUACUCUGUCUUUAUAUGGGGUACUCCCGAUAAGGACCAAAGUAUGAUGUUAAAUCAGUUCUUGGUGGAGGAACUAGGGUAUGCCAAAACGAAAGUCCGAAAUAGCUUCAAUGCAGAUCAAAGAGAACUUAUUUCCAAGGAUCCAUCAUGCAGUUCUUUUGACGUAACUUUACUCGUAAUAGCUGUCCUCAUGGGAUGCAAGGGUUUGAGAUCUGCGCACCCCUACGUCCAGUCGGAAACGGAAUAUAAUCUAAAGGAGCUUGUCCUUAAAGUUAAAGAAUUUAGGAACUCUCUUGCCCAUUUGCAUCCAUUCACAAUGGAAGAUCAAGUGUUUUUCCAGAAGACUGAUGAUCUCAGAGACCUGCUGAGGGCAGUGUUGAAAGCUGCAGCAACACAUUACGGAGUUGAUGACUCUACACUGCAAGAGAAAAUCAAAUGCAUGGAUGACAGCAUAAACGGAUCAAGAGAUGACAGCCUCGGGAUCAAGACAUCCUCACCUAUGAAAACAGCAUCUUUCUACAAGACAGGCAAAAAAUUUUGACUACUGAUGGUAAAAAUCAGCUUUUCGAUAAAUAUAAGUUUCUUGAUCACAUCAGCCCAGUUUUGUUUUACACCAACAAAAAUAUACAUUUGGAAGUAGGACUUAUUUUCACUCACAUGGAAAUAGUAGAGUCUAGGUCAUCAGACUGCCAAGAGGUAAUUGCUUACGAAGACCUCCUGGAGUUUGUACAAAGGAAAACAAUCGACAAAGGGUCGAAAACUGACAUCCUGUUCAUCGAAGGUAUUGCAGGAGCUGGGAAAACGACACUGACAAGAAUAAUGACAUGUGAGUGGAGGAAUCAGCAAAGUAGUAUGCAGAACCUUCUUGAGUAUGACCUCCUCAUUUACUUUGAAUGCAGAAACUCGGCAAUUCACUCCUUCAAACAGUUGUUGGAAACUCUCAUGUCAGAUGUCCUCCCAAAAUUUAAAGAGGAUGAUUUGGUGACGUGCAUUCUGACUCUAAAGAUACUCAUCAUUGCGGAUGGUCUAGAUGAACUUAAUGAAACAUCAACCAAAGUAUUUCGUGAAAUCUUAGAUCUGGGGACUUAUGCUGUCAUAACAAUUGUUUGCACUUCUCGCCCAGAGUAUGUCAAGAAGUUUUACACUUUAGUUCCAGAAGGUCAGUGUGUAACUCACGUAAGAAUAAAAGGAAUACCAAGUGAAAAGAGAACUGAUUUUGUGGUAAGGUAUCAUAAAGAACUAAUAAGACAAGGAGUUACCGAGAAAGAAGUAGAUGGUUUGAUUACCUUCAUGAAAGACUCUUCAGAUGAUCUAGAGGAACCAUUGCGUCUUCCUCUGAACUUAGCAUGGUUGACACUCAUGUGGUCUCUUUCACCGGAGCGUCUGAACAAAGUUACUGGAGCAACGGAGCUUUAUACCGAAAUUCUGGGUCUGAAUAAGGAGAGACUCAUCCGCAAACUAGAGAUGACCGAAGUAACGAGUUUUAAUAAAGACCCGAGUUUUAAUAAAGACCUCACGGGAAACUUAGACAGAUUUGUACUCUUCCUUUCAUGGGAGGCGCUUAUAAGUCUUAAAGAGCAAACAAUAGACUCUCUACCAGAAGAUUCAGUCGACAGACUGAGGAAUGCCUGCGCUUCUCUGCAGCUUCCUUAUGAACCUGUCCUCGGCAGCUUCCUUAUAGAAGCAAUUGUGUAUGCUACAGCAAUGCCAAAGUCAGUCUUCAGUAUUACUCACAAAGGGGAGCUGGACUAUUUGGCAGCUAACUACGUGAUCGAGGCGCUCAAUGGCAAGGAUCUGCGAUUCGAUACUACCAGCAUCAUAAGAAGUAUUAGGAAUCACCCAUCAUUUCAAAAUGAAUCUUUGCGAGAAGAGUUCAUCGAACACAUUCUUAGGAGCCUGAACGUAUCGCUGACCAAGUCCGUAAAAGAACUGUCUGAUACGAAAGAAGGAAGUGGGGUCAACCAUCCAAGAAUUGCAACCAUAAGUUGUGUGCUGGAGGGUCUCUAUGGCGUUGACAAAAUUCCUUCGGAUCUCAGCCGUUACCAGAAUAUGCUCCACUACGUAGCAGGCCUCUUGCAUAGGGUUCCGGACACUAUUAGAAGAGAAAUAGCUGAUGAGCUAGUUACCCUUUUCCAUAAAUCUGGAGUAAUACAUAAGGACCAGUGGUACGACCUACUAGAGCAAACCAAAAUGAAUGAAGAUGUAGCCAAGAGCAUUGCUUCUAGAAUAGACAGUCUAGGAGGAGGUAAUGCAAGUAUCACAGACAGACGGAGUCUGAAUAGUUAUUCCAAGCUUGUGCAACAUGGAACCUAUACCAAAAUAACAGUAAGUUUGCCAGAUAGUGCAGAAAACGAUCAAAAGCUAGAUGAACUGAUCACUAACAUGACUGAGAAGCAAAAUUGCCCACUUCACAUCUAUCUUCACUAUCACUUCCGCAACGCUGGAGCAACUAGUCAUGAAUUGGAUGCCAAGCUGAAAAGGCUAUUUGAAAGGGGAAAAGUCAAUAGAUUCAUGGGCUGGUUGAGUGGAGAGACCGCAAAACUGUUGCAACCGUCAGUAGAAAGCCUGUGGCUCCAACUUGAUGCAAAGAAUGCAAGAUCAGUCAUUGAAGUGCUUUCACAUCUGAAGGACGAAGCAAAAGGGUUCAAAAACCUCUGGGUUCACGUAGUGCCCGAGGUUGACCCUGGCAUUCUGGCACCUCUCCCUGGAGGGGUUGAAAUCAUCCUGUACUUGAGUGACGUAGCCGAUCAGCAAGUGGAAUGGGCCAGCCAAGUGGCGAAGACUCUCCAGCCAGUCGAUGAAAGGAAAGCCUUCAGCAACAUACUCAUCCCAAGAUGCAACUUGACUCCCAGUGGGCUGAUGCAACUGGUGGAGCACAUGGGAAGAUACGAAGUUCGCAUUUGUGAUGUGAUCCUCAACGAUUUAGCCGUGUACUCGGAUAGGAUUUUCCAGCAGGAUCACGACAGUUUGAAGGAUUCCACUUGGCAGAUCAUGCAUUGCCGCCUAAGAUUCUCCGAAUCGGAAGAGUCACUGUGGCCAAAGAUUACGAGAUGAAGCUCACCAUACUUCGCACUCGAAAGGAAGCUGAAUGACUCGUAAGUUGUUCGUAAUGAGAUGCAUCAACAACAACAACAGCUAGUCUUCUUAUGACGGAAGUACGAGAAGAAGAGGAACAUCUCUAUUUUUUUUUUUUUGGGGGGGGGGCCGGUUACUGUUACAGAAAAGGGUAAUGGACAAGAAUUAAAACAAACAUUCUGAACUAUUAUACAAUAAAUUAAAACUAUAGAUGAUUAAGAUUGUGAAAAACUUAAGAAUAAAGCUCUGCACAUCACGCCAGUAAUGUUAGCCGCAAAUCAGUGAAUUUCAGUGAACGCCCUUGGCUUAAACCUGAAGCUAUGUGUGAUUAAUGACAUGAAAAUCGUAAUAAAUAGUAAUUGUGAUUCUGAACUUUGACCUCAUGCAUUGCACUGCAGGCAUUACUUAAGGUUCUUUGCAGCGUGCCCUCGGCCCAUACCUGCAACCCCUUUCAUUCCCUUUACUGCACUUCGUCUCAUUUUCUCUUUUCCAUCUUACUUUCCACCCUCUCCGUUUCUGCGGCCAUUGGCCGAAAUUUUGUACUCGAUGCAACGAACUACUAUUUUCGUGUUAACUGUGACAGUUCCAGUCAGGCUUACUAUAAUUUCCUUCAGUGUCUAGCAGCAGCCAUUAUGAAGAGCACCUACACCUGGUUAUUUGCUCGUCGUCAUCAAACAAAUUGUGUCAAGAGGUUAAAACAGAACAAGAAAUCAGCCUACCUUACGAACAUCAACAAUAAAAUGCUGUGCCAACUGCCUUGUUUGAAUGUAAGUUUGUUAAUGAGCUUAAAGAGUAGAGAGUGAUACUACUACACCACAUUAUUCAUCUAAUACAUCGGAAUCAAGAAUUACCGUUAUUGUGUGCGUGCGUAUACGAAGCUGCAGGCAACAAAAGAAUGACUUCUCAGUUGAUAACUUGAUUCGGCCAUUAACCGUCACAGUGACGUCAGGUACAGCUUCAAGUUCAAACUGUUCAAUUUCUUCUUCUUCUUCGUCAAAGUUUGCUUUUAAUGAACGUUUUCAGUUUUUAUUUUUUUUCAUCUUGUCAUUCAUUCGUCCAUUCAUUUGUCUCUAGGUGACGGUAUGGCUAUGAAGAAAUGUGCAAUUGAAAUAGUGAAACAAUUUAGUUUUUCUGUAUUGAGCAGGAAAGUUUGCAAUAGCAGCAUUGUCCCAUCAAUGUUGCAAGACAUAUCUUUGUGAAAACUCUUUCAACAGUGAAAUUCAUAAAAUCUAAACACAGAUGUUCAUGUUCAAUCAACCAAUAGUGCGAAUUACGUUUUCACACUGAUAUUUAUGUAACUAAAUCAGUCAAUGAAAACGAAAAACCAGUACCUUCAAUAAAAUUAAAUGUGUGCGUCCAUUCAUGUGCCUUCAUGAAGCAAUGUUUGCAUUUUUAAUAAAGCUUUUUACACGGGUAAUGUCUUUGUUUUAUCAU